AUGGCUCGGAGCCAACACCUCUCCCUCCAGGGACUCUGUGUCCUCCUCCUCGGCACCGUGGUGGGUGGUCAAGAUCUGGAGCUGAGGUUGAAGGAUGGAGCCCACCGCUGUGAGGGGAGAGUGGAAGUGAAGCACCACGGAGAAUGGGGCACAGUGCGUGAUCAGAACUGGGGGGUGAAGGAUGCAUCUGUAGUGUGCAGACAGCUGGAGUGUGGAACUGCGAUUGGUUUUCCUGGAAGGGCUUAUUUUGGGCCAGGACUUGGCCCCAUUUGGCUUUUGUAUACCUCUUGUCAAGGCACAGAGUCAACUGUCAGUGACUGUAGGCAUUCUAAUAUUGAAGACUAUCGUAAUAAUAGCUAUUCCCAUGACCAGGAUGCUGGAGUAGUCUGCUCAGGAUUUGCACGUCUGGCUGGAGGGGAUGGACCCUGCUCAGGGCGAGUAGAAGUGUAUUCUGGAGAAGCCUGGAUCCCAGUGUCUGAUGGGAACUUCACACUCCCCACUGCCCAGGUCAUCUGUGCAGAGCUGGGGUGUGGCAAGGCUGAGUCUGUCCUGGGACACGUGCCCUUCAGAGAGUCCGAUGGCCGGGUCUGGGCUGAAGAGUUCAGGUGUGAGGGGCAGGAGCCUGAGCUCCGGGUCUGCCCCAGAGUGCGCUGUCCAGGGGGCACGUGUAACCACAGUGGAGCUGCUCAGGUUGUCUGUUCAGCAUACCCAGAAGUCCGGCUCAUGACAAACAGCUCCUGUCAGUGUGAGGGGCAGGUGGAGAUGAAAAUUUCUGGACGAUGGAGAGCGCUCUGUGCCUCCCUCUGGAGUCUGGCCAAUGCCAAUGUUGUCUGUCGUCAGCUUGGCUGUGGAGUUGCCGUCUCCACUCCCAGAGGACCACAGUUGGUGGAAGAAGGGGAUCAGAUCUCAACAGUCCGAUUUCACUGCUCGGGGGCGGAGUCCUUCCUGUGGAGUUGUCCUGUGACUGUCCUGGGUGGGCCUGACUGUUCCCAUGGCAACACAGCCUCUGUGAUCUGCUCAGGAAACCAGACCCAGGUGCUGCCCCAGUGCAACAAUAUCCUGUCUGAACCAGCAGGGUCUGCGGCCUCAGAGGAGAGCGCCCCCUACUGCUCAGACAGCAGACAGCUCCGCCUGGUGGACGGGGGCGGUCCCUGCGCCGGGAGAGUGGAGAUCCUUGACCAGGGCUCCUGGGGCACCAUCUGUGAUGACGGCUGGGACCUGGACGAUGCCCGCGUGGUGUGCAGGCAGCUGGGCUGUGGAGAAGCCCUCAAUGCCACGGGGUUUGCUCACUUUGGGGCGGGAUCAGGGCCCAUCUGGCUGGACGACCUGAACUGCACAGGAAAGGAGUCCCACGUGUGGAGGUGCCCUUCCCGGAGCUGGGGGCGGCAUGACUGCAGACACAAGGAGGACGCGGGGGUCGUCUGCUCAGAGUUCCUGGCCCUCAGGAUGGUGAGUGAGGACCAGCAGUGUGCUGGGUGGCUGGAAGUUUUCUACAAUGGGACCUGGGGCAGUGUCUGCCGCAGCCCCAUGGACGACAUCACUGUGUCCGUGAUCUGCAGACAGCUUGGCUCUGGGGACAGUGGAACCCUCAACUCUUCUCUUGCUCUUAGAGAAGGUUCUAGACCCCAGUGGGUGGAUGGAAUCCGGUGUCAGAAAACUGACACCUCUCUCUGGCAGUGUCCUUCUGACCCUUGGAAUUACACUUCAUGUUCUCCAGAGGAGGAAGCCUACAUCUCGUGUGCAGACAGCAGACAUCUCCGCCUGGUGGACGGGGGCGGUCCCUGCGCCGGGAGAGUGGAGAUCCUUGACCAGGGCUCCUGGGGCACCAUCUGUGAUGACGACGGCUGGGACCUGGACGAUGCCCGCGUGGUGUGCAGGAAGCUGAGCUGUGGAGAAGCCCUGGAUGCCCCUAUCUCUUCUUACUUCGGGGCGGGAUCAGGGCCCAUCUGGCUGGAUGAAGUGAACUGCAGAGGAGAGGAGUCCCAAGUGUGGAGGUGCCCUUCCUGGGGAUGGCGGCAACACAACUGCAAUCAUCAAGAAGAUGCAGGAGUCAUCUGCUCAGGAUUUGUGCGUCUGGCUGGAGGGGAUGGACCCUGCUCAGGGCGAGUAGAAGUGCAUUCUGGAGAAGCCUGGACCCCAGUGUCUGAUGGGAACUUCACACUCCCCACUGCCCAGGUCAUCUGUGCAGAGCUGGGAUGUGGCAAGGCUGUGUCUGUCCUGGGACAUGAGCUCUUCGGAGAGUCCAAUGACUGGGUCCAGGCUGAAGAGUUCAGAUGUGAAGGGGAGGAGCCUGAGCUCCGGGUCUGCCCCAGAGCGCCCUGUCCAGGGGGCAGGUGUCACCACAGUGGAGUUGCUCAGGUUGUCUGUUCAGUGUACACAGAUGUCCGGCUUAUGAAAAAUGGCACCUCUCAGUGUGAGGGGCGGGUGGAGAUGAAUAUUUCUGGACAAUGGAGAGCUCUCUGUGCCUCCCACUGGAGUCUGGCCAAUGCCAAUGUUGUCUGUCGUCAGCUCGGCUGUGGCGUUGCCAUCUCCACCCCAAACGGAGCAGAAGGAAGUGAUCCACUCUGGAAAGCCCGAUUUCACUGCUCAGGGGCUGAGUCCUUCCUGUGGAGUUGCCCUGUGACUGCCCUGGGUGUUCCUGACUGUUCCCAUGGCAACACGGCCUCUGUGAUCUGCUCAGGAAACCACACCCAGGUGCUGCCCCAGUGCAAUGACUCCCUGUCUGAACCAGCAGGAUCUGCAGCUUCAGAGGAGAGCGCCCCCUACUGCUCAGACAGCAGACAGCUCCGCCUGGUGGACGGGGGCGGUCCCUGUGCCGGGAGAGUGGAGAUCCUUGACCAGGGCUCCUGGGGCACCAUCUGUGAUGACGGCUGGGACCUGGAUGAUGCCCGCGUGGUGUGCAGGCAGCUGGGCUGUGGAGAAGCCCUCAAUGCCACGGGGUCUGCUCACUUCGGGGCAGGGUCAGGGCCCAUCUGGCUGGACGACCUGAACUGCACAGGAAAGGAGUCCCACGUGUGGAGGUGCCCUUCCCGGAGCUGGGGGCGGCAUGACUGCAGACACAAGGAGGACGCGGGGGUCGUCUGCUCAGAGUUCCUGGCCCUCAGGAUGGUGAGCGAGGACCAGGAGUGUGCUGGGUGGCUGGAAGUUUUCUACAACGGGACCUGGGGCAGUGUCUGCCGCAGCCCCAUGGAUGAGGUCACCAUGUCCAUCAUCUGCAGACAGCUUGGCUGUGGGGACAGUGGAAGUCUCAACACUUUUGUUGGUCUCAGGGAAGUUUCUAGACCCCAGUGGGUAGAUUUAAUCCAAUGUCGGAAAACUGACACCUCUCUCUGGCAGUGUCCUUCUGAUCCAUGGAAAUACAGUUCAUGCUCUCCAAAGGAGGAAGCCUACAUCUCAUGUGCAGAAAGAAGAGCCAAGAGCUGUCCAGCUGCUGCCCCCUGCACAGACAGAGAGAAGCUCCGGCUCAGGGGAGGAGACAGCGAGUGCUCAGGGCGGGUGGAGGUCUGGCACAGCGGCUCCUGGGGCACCGUGUGCGAUGACUCCUGGAGCCUGGCAGAGGCCGAGGUGGUGUGUCAGCAGCUGGGCUGUGGCCCGGCCCUGGAAGCCGUGCGGGCCGCGGCGUUUGGCCCUGGAAACGGGAGCAUCUGGCUGGACGAGGUGCGGUGCGGGGGCCGGGAGUCCUCCCUGUGGGACUGUGCUGCGGAUCCCUGGGGGCAGAGCGACUGCAAGCACGAGGAGGAUGCUGGUGUGAGGUGCUCUGGUGUAAGGAAAACAGUGCCCCCGACUGCAGCAGGGUCCAGACCAGCUUCAAGUCCUCUCCCUGGCUUCUUCUCCCUGGCUGGGGUCCUCUGCCUCAUCCUGGGGGCCCUUCUCUUCCUGGUCCUCAUCAUCCUGGUGACUCAGGUGCUCAGAUGGAGAGCAGAGCGCAGAGCCUUAUCCAGCUAUGAAGAUGCUCUUGCUGAAGCCGUGUAUGAGGAGCUCGAUCACCUUGUGACUCAGAAGGAGGGUCUUCUGGGCAGCCCAGGCUUCCUGUCAGAUGGUGAGGACAACAAUGACUCCAGAUCCGCUCCAGCCCCAGAUCAGAAGACCUAUGCCCUUGGUGAGGAUUAUGAUGAUGCUGAAGAGGUACUGGUACCUGGGGCUCCUCCUGCCUCUCAGGGGAGUGAGGAGGAAGUGCUCCCAAAGAAGGAAGAUGGGAUGACGUCUCAGACAGGCUCUUCUCUAAAUGUCUCUAGAGAGGAAGCUGAUCCUGGGGAAGGAGAAGAGAGCCCCUGGCUGCUCCAGGGGGAGACUGGGGACCCUGGGUACGAUGAUGCUGAACUAAGUGACCUGGGAACAUCCACAGUGACUUUCCUUCUGAGCAAAUUAUAUCAGCUCAUAUCUCUCUCUGAGUUGAUGGAUGGCAAAUUGGUGCUCACCCACACCCUGCAUCCAUGUGGGACAAGAGGGCAGGAAAGUGGCGACUUAGCCAGAGGGGAUCCAGAAGAAGGGAUAGAUGGGAAAAUCAGGACCACGGAAGCAGGAGGUCAAAGGACCGCGUUGCUCAUAAAAGGAGAUGUAGAAGAUGCAGAAGCUCAUUGGUGUCUGAGCUUCAGAAAGUGGCAGAUGCAGCCUCCGAUAGUGCCUGAAAUGGUAAAAGGACGUGGGGUCAGGAUGGCUCUGAGCCGACACCUCUCCCUCCAGGGACUCUGUGUCCUCCUCCUCAGCACUGUGGUGGGUGGUCAAGCUGUGAAUCUGAGGCUGAUGAAUGGAGGUCACCACUGUGAGGGGAGAGUGGAAGUGAAACAACAAGGAAAAUGGGGCACGGUGAAUGAUUACAAGUGGAGCUUAGAAGAGGCAGCUGUCGUGUGCAGACAGCUGGGGUGUGGAGCUGCUAUUGAUGCUCCCCAAGGAUCUUAUUUUGGACCAGCAGCUGGCCCCAUUUGGUUUGCUUAUAUUUCCUGCAAAGGGACAGAGUCAGCUCUGAGGCAGUGUAGGUAUCUUAAAGUGAAAGACUAUCGUCCUCAGGGUUAUUCCCAUGACCAUGAUGCUGGAGCAGUCUGCUCAGGAUUUAUGCGUCUGACUGACGGAGAAGGACCCUGCUCAGGGCGAGUAGAAGUGCAUUCUGGAGAAGCCUGGACCCCAGUGUCUGAUGGGAACUUCACACUCCCCACUGCCCAGGUCAUCUGUGCAGAGCUGGGAUGCGGCAAGGUUGUGUCUGUCCUGGGACAUGUGCCCUUCAGAGAGUCAGAUGGCCGGGUCUGGGCUGAAGAGUUCAGGUGUGAGGGGCAGGAGCCUGAGCUCUGGUUCUGCCCCAGAGUGCCCUGUCCGGGGGGCACUUGUCACCACAGUGGAGCUGUUCAGGUUGUCUGUUCAGAAGUCCGACUCAUGACAAACAGCUCCUCUCAGUGUGAGGGGCAAGUGGAGAUGAACAUUUCUGGACGAUGGAGGGCGCUCUGUGCCUCCCACUGGAGUCUGGCCAAUGCCAAUGUCGUCUGUCGUCAGCUCGGCUGUGGAAUCGCCAUCUCCACCCCCAGAGGACCACACUUUGUGGAAGGAGGUGAUCAGAUCUCAACAGCCCGAUUUCACUGCUCUGGGGUGGAGUCCUUCCUGUGGAGUUGCCCUGUGACUGCCUUGGGUGGUCUUAACUGUUCCCAUGGCAACACGGCCUCUGUGAUCUGCUCAGGAAACCAGACCCAGGUGCUGCCCCAGUGCAACGACUCCCGCUCGGAAUCAGCAGGCUCUGCGGCCUCAGAGGAGAGCGCCCUCUACUGCUCAGACAGCAGACAGCUCCGCCUGGUGGACGGGGGCGGUCCCUGCGCCGGGAGAGUGGAGAUCCUUGACCAGGGCUCCUGGGGCACCAUCUGUGAUGACGGCUGGGACCUGGACGAUGCCCGCGUGGUGUGCAGGCAGCUGGGCUGUGGAGAAGCCCUCAAUGCCACGGGGUCAGCUCACUUCGGGGCGGGAUCAGGACCCAUCUGGCUGGACGACCUGAACUGCACAGGAAAUGAGUCUCACGUGUGGAGGUGCCCUUCCUGAGGCUGGGGGAGUCACGACUGCAGACACAAGCAGGACGCGGGGGUCAUCUGCUCAGAGUUCCUGGCCCUCAGGAUGGUCAGUGAGGACCAGCAAUGUGCUGGGUGGCUGGAAGUCUUCUACAACGGGACCUGGGGCAGUGUCUGCCGAAGCUCCAUGGAAGACAUCACUGUGUCCGUCAUCUGCAGUCAGCUUGGCUGUGGGGACAGUGGAAGUCUCAACUCUUCUGUUGCUCUUAGAGAAGGUUCUAGACCCCAGUGGGUAGCUGGAAUCCGGUGUCGGAACACUGAUACCUCUCUCUGGCAGUGUCCUUCUGACCCUUGGAAUUACAGUUCAUGCUCUCCAAAGGAGGAAGCAUACAUCUCAUGUGCAGGCAGCAGACAGCUCCGCCUGGUGGAUGGGGGCGGUCCCUGCGCCGGGAGAGUGGAGAUCCUUGACCAGGGCUCCUGGGGCACCAUCUGUGAUGACGGCUGGGACCUGGACGAUGCCCGCGUGGUGUGCAGGCAACUGGGCUGUGGAGGAGCCCUCGAUGCCUUGCAAUCUGCUCAAUUAGGUCAGGGAUCAGGGCGCAUCUGGCUGGAUGAACUGAACUGCGGAGGAAAGGAGUCCCACGUGUGGAGGUGCCCUUCCCGGGGCUGGGGGCGGCAUGACUGUGUGCAUGCAGAGGAUGCUGGGGUCGUCUGCUCAGGAUUUGUGCGUCUGGCUGGAGGAGAAGGACCCUGCUCAGGGCGAGUAGAAGUGCAUUCUGGAGAAGACUGGACCCCAGUGUCUGAUGGGAACUUCACACUCCCCACUGCCCAGGUCAUCUGUGCAGAGCUGGGGUGCGGGAAGGCUGUGUCUGUGCUGGGACACGUGCCCUUCAGAGAGUCAGAGGGCCGGGUCUGGGCUGAAGAGUUCAGGUGUGAGGGGGAGGAGCCUGAGCUCCGGGUCUGCCCCAGAGUGCCCUGUCCAGGGGGCACGUGUCACCACAGUGGAGCUGCUCAGGUUGUCUGUUCAGUGUAUGCAGAAGUCCGGCUCAUGACAAAUGGCUCCUCUCGGUGUGAGGGGCAGGUGGAGAUGAACAUUUCUGGACGAUGGAGAGUGCUCUGUGCCUCCCACUGGAGUCUGGCCAACGCCAAUGUUGUCUGUCGUCAGCUCGGCUGUGGAGUCGCCAUCUCCACCCCUAGAGGACCACAUUUUGUAGAAGGAGGUGAUCAGAUCUCAACAGUCCGAUUUCACUGCUCAGGGGUAGAGUCCUUCCUGUGGAGUUGUCCUGUGGCUGCCCUGGGUGGUCUUGACUGUUCCCAUGGCAACACAGCCUAUGUGAUCUGCUCAGGAAACCAGACCCAGGUGCUGCCGAAGUGCAACGACUCGGUGUCUGAACCAGCAGACUCUGCAGCCUCAGAGGAGAGCGCCCUCUACUGCUCAGACAGCAGACAGCUCCGCCUGGUGGACGGGGGCGGUCCCUGCGCGGGGAGAGUGGAGAUCCUUGACCAGGGCUCCUGGGGCACCAUCUGUGAUGACGGCUGGGACCUGGACGAUGCCCGCGUGGUGUGCAGGCAGCUGGGCUGUGGAGACGCGCUCAAUGCCACGGGGUUUGCUCACUUCGGGGCGGGAUCAGGGCCCAUCUGGCUGGACGACCUGAACUGCACAGGAAAGGAGUCCCACGUGUGGAGGUGCCCUUCCCGAGGCUGGGGGAGUCAUGACUGCAGACACAAGGAGGACGCGGGGGUCAUCUGCUCAGAGUUCCUGGCCCUCAGGAUGGUGAGCGAGGACCAGCAGUGUGCUGGGUGGCUGGAAGUUUUCUACAACGGGACCUGGGGCAGUGUCUGCCACAGCCCCAUGGAAGACAUCACCGUGUCCAUGAUCUGCAGACAGCUUGGCUGUGGGGACAGUGGAAGUCUCAACUCUUCUGUUGCUCUUAGGGAAGGCUCUAGACCCCGCUGGGUAGAUGGAAUCAAGUGUCGGAAAACUGACACCUCUCUCUGGCAGUGUCCUUCUGACCCUUGGAAUUACAACUCCUGCUCUCCCAAGGAGGAAGCCUAUGUCUCUUGUGCAGGAAGAAGAGCCAAGAGCUGUCCAGCUGCUGCCCCCUGCACAGACAGAGAGAAGCUCCGGCUCAGGGGAGGAGACCGCGAGUGCUCAGGGCGGGUGGAGGUCUGGCACAGCGGCUCCUGGGGCACCGUGUGCGAUGACUCCUGGAGCCUGGCAGAGGCCGAGGUGGUGUGUCAGCAGCUGGGCUGUGGCCCGGCCCUGGAAGCCGUGCGGGCCGCGGCGUUUGGCCCUGGAAACGGGAGCAUCUGGCUGGACGAGGUGCGGUGCGGGGGCCGGGAGUCCUCCCUGUGGGACUGUGCUGCGGAUCCCUGGGGGCAGAGCGACUGCAAGCACGAGGAGGAUGCUGGUGUGAGGUGCUCUGGUGCAAGCACAUCAUUGCCCCCAAAUACAGCAGGGACCAGACCAGCCUCAAAUCCUCCCCCAGGCAUCUACUCCCUGCCUUGGGUCCUCUGCCUCAUCCUGGGAGCCCUUCUCUUCCUGGUCCUCGUCGUCCUGGUGACUCAGGUGCUCAGAUGGAGAGCAGAGCGCAGAGCCUUUUCCAGUUAUGAAGAUGCUCUUGCUGAAGCAGUGUAUGAGGAGCUCGAUUACCUUGUGUCAUGGAAGGAGGGUCUUUUGGACAGCCCAGGCUUCCUGUCAGAUGGUGAGGACCACGAUGAUUCCAGAUCUGCUCCAGAAGCCCCAGAUCAGAGGACUGAUGCCCCUGGUGAGGGUUAUGAUGAUGCUGAAGAGGUACCAGUGCCUGGGGCUCCUCCUGCCUCUCAGGUGAGCGAAGAGGAAGUGCUCCCAGUUAAGGAACAUGGGAUGAGGUCUCGGACAGGCUCUUCUCUGUUCAUCUUUGGAGAGGAAGCUGAUCCUGGGGAAGGAGAAGAGAGCCCGUGGCUGCUCCAGGGGAACAAAGGGGACCCUGUGUAUGAUGACGUUGAACUCAGUGCCCCAGCAACAUCCACAGUGACUUUCCCAUGAUGUUGUAUUAAAUAUGCGAUGAAGCCUCAGAUAUUCUAAUUGCCUGUAUUUCAAUAGAG